AUGCUUCAAGGAGAUAUACAUCUUGGAGGGUUGUUCCAAAUAUUUAGUGACGGGGAAUGUAAGAAUGAUAUACAACCAAUGUCUGUUCGAAACUUCGAGGCUGUGAAAUGGACACUUAACAAGCUAAAUCAGAAUCAAUAUAUUCCAGGAAUAAAGCUUGGGAUAGAAGUGUUUCCAACAUGCAAUAUUCAGGGAAGAGCUUUGGAAUACGCAAGUAGAAUAAUCAACAGGAGGUUUACGGAACAAAAAGAUGAAAGUGUGGCGCCUAUCAUAGGAAUAAUCGGUCCAGAGUACAGUGGAGAAGCUGUAGACACUUCGUCAUAUAUCAGUUCACUGGAAAAGAAUUACAAAGUCCCACAAUCACUCUUCUCAGCAACUGCAUCAUCUCUAAAAGACGGCAAUAAAUAUCAAAAUAUACUUAGAUUGGUCCCUGAUGAUUCCAAACAAAUAUUGGUCAUCAUAUCUCUGUUGCAAAAACUGGAAUGGAACUACAUUGGUGUCUUUUACGAAAACAAUACCUAUGGAGUAGGCAACUAUGAUGAAUUUAGGAUGCAGACUCAAUCAAGAAAGAUAUGCAUUGCAUACGCUUCAGCAGUAUCUAUGGAAAAUGGUCUUGUAAAUUCCCAAGAACUUCAAAAAAGUGUCGAGUCCGUGAUUUUUCAUACUGAGAGUAGAGUAACAGGAGUAGUAGUAUUUGCGUCCACCAAAACAGCCAAAGUGUUUCUCAAUGUUGCCAACAAACUCAAAGAUCAGUACAAUUUUCGACUUGGAAUGAUCUUUUCUGAGGGGGCCUCUAAUAUAGAUAAAGUGACUUUAAACCAGUAUCAUGUAGCAAAGGGUUCUUUUUUCACUAGUCCUCCGCGGUUGUUCUUUGAGAGUUUUCAGUUACACUGGACAAAUGUUAUGACAAACAAAACAGUUUUUAAUCAGGAAGUAUCAUCUAAUCCGUGGUUAGGGAAGGUUGUCGAUAAGUUCAUAUCCUGUGAUAUUCAGAAUCCUACCUGCUUGAUGCCAACGUUUGCUGACGUAGAUUCUGUCACUGGUGAUAAUGUGUUUGAGGGUUAUGCAAUUUUGUCCACUAUCAUGCAAGCCAAACUUCUCAAAGACCUCCAAAGAGAGGAAUGUGGAGAAACAGAGGGUUUGUGCAGCAAUCUUAAUAGUACUUUGUGGUUCAAUACUUACAAACUUGUAGAAAGAGGCAAAAAUACAAAUAUAAGUCUCAAGGAAGAAAUGCCUGAUGGUUUACGACAAAACCUAGGAAUAACUUUCAAUGGAAGAACUGAAGCUAACAUAUCAGGAAAUUUGGAUGAAUAUGAAGUUUACCAUUUCCGAAAUUGCAUUCUGAAAGGUCAAGAAAUGUGUUUAGAAAAGGUUGGAUGGUACAACAAUUUAACGUUAGAUUUAAAAACAGACCUAUUGAGAGAUUACACAAAGGACGAGAAUGGCUUAAUUUGGCCGGAUAUUAUAAAGGCUCAGUGUGAUAAUCAGAAGAAAUGUGAAUCUUGCCGAAAUAGUAACUUGGCAAAUGACGUUAUUUUUCGAAAAGGGGAUUUGUAUGUUGCUGCAGUGGUUCCUGUAUAUAACAAAGACAUAUACAACCUUAUGGAGUGUGGUGAUAUUCGUACAUCGAAUGGGUGGGAGGUUGUGGAAGGCAUUCGGUUUGCAGUAGAUACGGUGAAUGAAAAGCUUGGCAGUUUUGCUAAUAUUUUUGGAGGAAAGAAAAUCGGUUACGUAAUUUUUAACAGCUGUAAUCAGCCAUUGCUGAUUCAAUCAAAACUCCUCAACUUCUUCAGGGAAGGUCUACAUUUAUCAGAUGGUUCUGUAAUUUCUAAUAUUUCAAAUAAUACCCUGGGAUUUGUUGCUGCAUAUGGCAGCAGCAGCAGUAUAGCGGCAGCUAAUGUACUUCAAGAAUUUAAUUUACCUCAGAUCAGUUACGCCUCUACUGCUGCUGUUCUAAGUGACAAAUCCACCUAUAAAUAUUUCAUGCGAACGUGUACUCCGGACGACAAACAAGCUAUGGCGAUGGUUAACAUAGUGAAAUCACUCAAUUCUUCGUACAUACAGAUUAUCUACAGUGAAGGAACCUAUGGUGAAGGAGGAAGGAAUGCUAUUGUACGCGCAGCUAAAGACAUGAAAAUAUGCAUUGCGCAUGAAAUCAAAGUGAAAGAAAAUCAAUACAAAAAGAUUCGUUACGAUCUUGAAAACACUCCGUAUGCUACAGUUGUCCUCCUGUUUUUAAGAAGUCAUGUUGUACAGGAAGUUAUGGCCGAGCUACACGAAACAAUAAAUCCUUGGCCAUAUCUUUUUAUAGGUUCUGAGGCGUUUGGAACUCGACAAAGCAUAAUAGCUGGUAAGCAUAAACUAGAAGGAACCAUUUCAUUGUCACUCCAAAUGACACCUGUGACUGGGACAUCUAUGUUUGAGAAAUAUCUUCACGAUAGACUUGCUGAUAACGAUGAUAUUAAUCCUUGGACAAAAGAGUACUUUGAACAAAGAAAUGGUUGUUUCCUGUCUGGCAGCUUUAAUAAACUCUCUGCUUCCCAGUGUAUGGAUAUUGAGGAAGAAUUUAACAACAAAGACUAUCAACCAGAACUAUGGACCGCCUUUGCUAUAAAUGCCAUGUUUUCUCUUCUGCAAGGAACAAACAAAUCUUUUGCUGAUCUCUGUGGCAGCCAGUCCUCUACUUUAUGUCAAAGGUAUCGAGAUUCUCCACAACAGGUCUACGACAUAAUAAAGAAUGAAAAACUGGUGAUUGAUGAUAGUGGGAUUCCAUCCAAAGUUUUUAAUGAGAAUGGUGAUGGUAAUAUAGGAUAUAAAAUAUAUCAAGUCCAGAGGAAGGCCUCAGAUGCCAGUCAACUGAUAUUUGUUGAAAUAUGACGAUAUACCUUAGAUGAGGAUGGAUAUUCAGUAUAUGAAAGGAUAAUAAAAGAUCCAUUCAGGAAGUUGCCAUCAAAAUGCCCGAAUCCCUCAGAGUGUCAAAAAUGCAUGAGACAAAUCAACAACCAAUCUUUCAGUCCUUCUUCAAAGAGCGAAGAUAAUUCCAUUUUGCCAGUGGUUUUUGGUGUCCUCUUUGGGUUAGCUGUGCUAGCAUUGGUAAUAGUUAGCGGAAUAUUAUGUAAAGCCCGUCGUGAUUGCGGAAAAUCUUCAGAAGAUGACCCAUACCUCGAUCCAAGAUUUUCGACUUCUCCUGGGACAGACUCGAAAGAUUCCGGAUACUCUGCGAGUCCAAACAUAGUGGGAAAUCCUCAAAGUGCUGAAAAUAUAUCAGAUCUUCAGACACAAAGACAACAGUACAUGAAAAAUGCCACUUACCAAGGCGAUUAAUAGUUUGUACUUUGGUUCAACAUGCUAGACUCAAUUUCAGAUAACUUUGGAAACAGGCAGCAUAAAAAAGAAUUUCUUUUUUUAGGAGAACAUCAGAAAAAAUAUGACUUGCAUUUAUCUUAACCAGAUAUAAAGGCGCGGGAGGAGAUUUGGGCAGUGUAUAAUUUCAGCAUAAUAUUCGACACAUUGGUUAUUACGUUCAAUAAGAAUGUUAUUUGGAUUUUCAAUCACAAGUACUACAUGUAUUAACUUAGAAAUUUUCGCCCGGAGGAUACUCUAAGUGAAUAACAUUCAAUUUUCCUUUAAAACUGUACACGAUUUGUAAAAGGAUCGAAAGUUAUCUUUGUGCUCCACAUUUGUCUUGUCUAGAUUGUCCCCCUCAGUCCCUAUAUGAGUCUGAACUUUUUUCAUUGUUCAAUGUUUAUUUGCAACACGGACUUUCUCUGAACUGAUGUUUCCUUUAUUUUCAUAUACUACCAGUACUACUGCUACUUGUGCGAAACCAAAUGACUUAUUCAUCAUGUAGUGACUCACUAUAAUUUA